AUGCGUCUCUCCUUCAUCACCUGCCUCCUCACCCUGCUAGCCGUCGCCAUGGCGGUCCCAGUCGCACACGGAGACCACUCAGCAUCAAUUCAGGCAUCGAGUCUCUCAAAGGCUGCCAGUUCAUCGCUCUCGCACAAGCCCUCAAGCACAGCCUUGACGGCCACUUCCGCUUCUGCAAAAACAACGGCCACUGUAGCGGCCUACGCAUGCCCGACCAAGCAGUACAAGCAGUGCUGCCAAACUAUCGAUAACGCGUCCAAGAAGCUCAUUGGGCCGUUGGGCAAGCUGGUUCCUUUGGUCGGUGGUAUUCAGCUUAGUUCGUCAAUGACGUUUCAAUGCAAACCCAUGAAAGACGACGCUUACCCCGAAUGUGAAGACGGCGCGAGUGCCAUGUGCUGCAAUAGCCAGGCCGAGGAUUUCAAUUCGUGCAAGCCCUUCGAGGAGGCGAAGGAGAAGGCCGAGAUGGCGGCUUUGGGGGAGAAACCGGAGAGUGAGUUCGAUGUGGUCAACGAGGCUGUGUCAUGA